AUGCGAUAUUGCUCACCGACUGUACACGACAAAAAAGAGCAGGGUCGGAAGGACGACAUUUGGUCGUUGAUAUACAUGCUUAUCGAGUUACAUUGUGGAUUACCGUGGCAAAAAGAGAAAGAUAAGAAACGAUUGGAGCUCACGAAAAUGAACAUUAGCGACGAAGCACUCCUCAAAAACUUUCCGGUGGAAAUGCAUCCAAUUUUACCACAUCUACGGACUCUGAACUGUUACAAUCGGCCGAAUUAUUCGAUGAUUCAUAAAUGCUUUUUACGACUCAUAAAACGUUUGGGUAUAAAGUACAACGAUAAGUUCGAUUGGGAAACUGAUGCGCAAGUUGAAGACUUAGUUCGUUGCAUUUCAUUCAUAAGACUACGCACAAAAGUACCAGAAUAUGAGCAUGCUGAAGAAUUUUUCCAAUCCGAUCCAAUUAGAGUCAGUGGAGCACCACCAAAAUGGAUGGAUACUAAAGGAGGAAGAACAGUGGAAGAUCUUGAAGAAAUGAUGAACAAACCGUUGGAUAUAGAUCGAACCAGAAGUAGUUCGAAGAAUUCUAGACGGAAAAGCUCAAAAAGCUCAGCGAUUAAGAAAUAA